AUUGGAUUCUAACUCUGUCCCAUGCAGGUACGGUCUUCCCCAGAAUUGGGAAUGAUCGAUCGACUUCUCCAUAGAGUUCUUCGCUUGCAGCGGUACCUGCAGGAGACCAAGGUGCCACAGACUAUGACUGGGGCGUCGUUCAUCCGGAAAUCCUUCGGCUUACCCUUCCAUGCUCCAGCUUCCGGAAACCGGAUAGUCUCUCGUCUGCACAGCACCGAUCUAUCCCGAUGCGACUUGCUUUUGAGGUAAUGUCCAUCGGUCCUCUUGGCCGAGUGUGACUGAAG